UGGCCUCAUCACCGACACCGUCGCUGAGGUGGAAGUCUACACGGAUGAUCUCCGUUCCAAGUUUGGCCCCUACACCCAAGAGCUACAGGAGCGCCUGACGACCGAAGUGUCCACCCUCACCGGGAAACUGAGAGGCGACAUGGAGGAGACCAAGGGGAAGCUGCUCCAAUAUUGCCGGGACGCCCGCCUGAUGCUCGACCACAACGUGGACAACGUGAAGAACCAGUUCAACCUCCUGAUGCGCAAGCUGAGGAAACGCCUCACCAAGGACGCCGAGGAGCUGCGCCAGAAGCUGGGGACCUACGCCCAGGAGGUGAGGACCAACACCAGCGAGAAGGUCACCUCCGUCCGUCAGAACCUGGAGCCCUACCUCUCCAACAUCCACGAAAAGGGGCAGCAGAGGAUCCAGGCUCUCCAGCAAGCCAUCGGCGAGCAAGGCCAGAUGGUCCACCAGAAGCUCAGCAGCCGCGUCCAGGAGCUCCAGGAACAGUUCCAGGAGAAGCUUCAGGGGGUGAAACGCUCCUUUGACCAGGCGGUCGACAAACUCCACCAGUUGGUCAACCCCAUUUUGGAGGACAUGGGCAUCCAGGCUGAGGCCAGGGUGGAGGAGAUCAACCAGGAGCCGUGAGGCGGCUUACACCUUCAGCAACCCUCCUGCUUCUUUGUCUCCUUGGAAACAGAGGGGAAACCUCAAAGCUUGGUUAAGAUGGGUCCUCCUGACUGCCCAGCCAUGUAUUAACCUAACCUUCCCAACCUAGCCCCUCCAGAUGUGCGGUGUGACACCCUCUAGCAUUGGGCCUGCAAGCCGACACAUCUGGAGCGCGCCGGAUUGGAGCGGGGGUGGGGGGUGGGGAGACUGCACUAACCUCAUGCUGCUUUGCACAAGCCCCAUCGUCCCCUCGAACGAGACCUUGCCAUCUGUCCCUCCCCUUAACCGUCUCUCCCCCUUCCGCUCUCGUAUUAACCCAAAGUUCUGUGUUGCACUUGUGAAUUCUUCCUAGAAAGAUCCUGGAAGGUUUUCCCCGAUGCCCGUUUUUCCCCUUCCCACCGUUAACAGCCCGCAUUCCAAAUGCGUUCCCAUUAUCCCUCAGCUUUCCCUGGUGUUUUGAUCUGUAACAAUAAAAUAUACUUUGGAUAUGAA